GUGGUCUCUCCUUCCUUUGGGCAGCACAGGACGCUUGGGCGAAAUGAGAGUCCUGACAUUCCUCGCGGUGUUGCUGGUGGCGAGCCAAUGCUCCGGCUUUCCGCGCUCCAACUCCUCGUCCACAGGCGGGUCGUCUUCGGGUCAGCCAGCCCGAAGAGUAUGCUACUUCGAGUCGUGGGCCGUCGGGCGUCCAGGAGAAACCAGCUACACGAUCGAGGACAUCCCAGCCCACCUCUGCACCCACGUCAUCUACUCCUUCGGCGGGAUCUCGGACACCACGUGGGAGUACAAGGUCUUGAACCCCGCGCUGGAAAUUGACGGCAAGGGAUACGAGCGCUUUGUCGCCCUCAAGGACAGGUACCCCGGCGUGAAAGUACUCAUCGCGAUCGGCGGCUGGGGCGAGGGAGGGUGGAAAUACUCUCACAUGGCCAGCCAGCCAGACCGACGCGCCAUUUUCAUCAAUAGCGUCAUCAGCUUCAUGAAGACCUACGGCUUCGACGGCCUGGACAUGGACUGGGAGUACCCGGGGGCGCCCGAGAGAGGGGGCAUGGUGGCCGACAAGGAAAACUUCCGCAUACUGAUGGAGGAACUGCGUCAGGCCUUCGACGCCGAGAACCAGGAGUGGGACCUGAGUAUCGCCGUGCCCAUCUACAGGAGCAAGCUGGAGGAUGGGUAUGACGUCCCUGCGCUCUGUAGUGUGGUGAACGCAGUAAACCUAAUGGCCUAUGACCUCCGAGCUCACUGGGACGGCUUCGCGGACGUCCACUCGUUGCUGUACCGACGUCCUCAUCUCGACUUCGGGGAAUACAGGGAGCGUAAUGCGAACAACGGCGUGCUCCUGUGGGAGGAGUUCGGGUGCCCGAGGAACAAGCUGGUGCUCGGAACAGCCUUCUACGGGCGCACCUUCACCCUGCGGGACCCCACCAACACCGCCCUUCACGCCUCGGUGACGGCGGCGGGCUACCCGGGGCCUUACACGGGCGCCCACGGGUUUAUGAUCUACCUGGAGAUUUGCAAGCUGUUGGUGGAGGACCCGGAGUGGGUCACAGGCUAUGACGACGUGGGCCUCGUUCCCUACAUGUACAGCCAUGACCAGUGGGUGGGCUACGAGGACUCGGCCAGCCUCAAGAUCAAGAUGGACUACAUCCGGGACAUGGGCCUCCUCGGGGCCAUGACUUGGGCCGUCGACCAGGACGACUACUUGGGCCACUGCGGCUUAGGACUGAACCCGUUGAUGAAGACCCUAUACGAAGGCAUGGUAGAUUACGUCGUACCUGCAGAGCCUCCGACGCCCAUCCUCACCACGGCCGCUCCCCCAGCCCCUACUACGCCUCCUGCCCCCACCACCCCAGCAGCGCCCAUCACGCCUUCAGGAGAGAUUGACUGCUCUGUGUCCCAGUUCUGGCCCCACGAGGACUGCAACAGGUACUAUUGGUGCUACAACGGCGAACCACACAUGGAAUUCUGCAACCCGGGCCUAUACUGGAGCCAGAACUGCCAGUGCUGCGACUGGCCCCAGAACAUCGACACCUCCAAGUGCAACGCAGUGCUCAAAACCCCAGGUACAGGCGAAGCACAGCAGCAGGCCGGAGUGAAGAAGCCCGAGGCAGCACCCGCACCGAAGGCUGUCCUGCGCCAUGUCGACGAGGAACCUGAGCAGGCUGGCCGUCGCGCCCUUCCGCUGGGCCUCGCCAAGGAGGUCGCCAAGAAGGUCAUCAAGAAGGGGAAGGCGGCCUCUGAAAAGAAGCCAAACAAACCCUCUGCCAAGAAGCCCGUUAAAAAGCUGAACUUAUUCAAAUCCAAACCAAAAUCAACACAUAAAGAACAACUACAGCAACUAAAACUCAAACAUCCGGUAUCAGCGGCGGGCGAGUCUCCGUCAGGCGCCGGCGCUGGUGGGGCGAGGACCGAGGGACGCGAGGGCUCGGGUUUGUACGGAGCGCUAGAGACUAUUAAAAGGCCUCCACAUAUUCCUAUUGUUCAAUAUUUCACAUGUUAUUUAAUCGAAAGGAGAAGGCUAUUGUCACGUGAUGGAAGUACACGUGGCUCUGAUAACGAUUCUGGUGACGGUCUUCGUGACGGAACUCCUUGGAAACGGCGUCCAACCGAGAAGGAAAGUUUCAUUACAGCGUUCGGUGCAACUGCACUAGGGACAGACCCUCUCGGUGCAGCUCCCCCCGAGGGCACCCCCCAGCCGGCCCGUCGCGUGUGCUACUACCAGGCGGGCUCUGUUACCCGUCCAGGGGAGGCCAGCUUCAGGAUCGAGGAUAUUCCUGGCGACCUGUGCACGCAUGUUCUGUAUGCGUUCAGCGCCCUCUCGGAAACCACGUGGGAAAUGGUUCCUAAGAAUCCGAAGUUCGACCUCGAUCAACGUGGCUACGAAAGGUUUGUAGGACUGAAGGACAGAUUCCCUGGCCUGAGGACUGUCCUGUCAAUCGGAGGUUGGGGAGAUGAUGGGGGAAAGUACUCGCAGAUGGUCAGCACCCCAGAGCGACGCCAGGACUUCGUGCUGAGCGUCGUCGCCUUCCUCGCCACUUACGGCUUCGACGGACUGGACGUGGACUGGGAGUACCCCGGGGACUCCAACCGAGGCGGGAGUCCGGAAGAUUUUGAUAACUUUCCCUUGCUGCUGCAGGAGCUCCGUGGAGCCUUCGAUGCCGAGGGUCGCGGUUGGGAGCUGACUAUAGCCGCCACGAGCACCGAGGAUAAAGUACUUAAAGGUUACAACGUUCCUGAACUGUGCAGAACGGUGGAUGCCGUGUACCUGAUGACCUACAACCUACGGGGGCUGUGGAAUGACUAUGCAGAUGUCCACUCCAUGUUGUACGCAAGACCCGGUCUCGACACAGGCAACAAAUUGGAGUUGAACGUUAAUGGCGGGGCGCUCUUAUGGGAGAACCUUGGCUGCCCUCGGAACAAGAUAGUGAUAGGCGUGCCCUUCUACGGAAAGUCCUAUACCCUCUGCAACUCCUCUAUAAACGGCCUCCAUGCCCCUAUCAAUGGCACAGGCCAGGGCGGACCUAUUCUCAAGAAAGAGGGUGUCCACAUGUAUUUCGAGACCUGCUAUUUGCUCCAGAAUGCCGCUUGGGUGAGACAGUGGGAUGAUGGGGGCCUAGUGCCAUUCGCUUAUUCUGGUGAUCAAUGGGUAGGUUACGAGGACAUGGAAAGCCUUAAGAUAAAAAUGGACUACAUCCGGAACAUGGGCUUUCUUGGGGCCAUGGACUGGGCCAUUAACGAUGAUGACUUCCGUGACCUGUGUGGCUACGGGCCCUAUCCUCUGAUGAGGACUAUUUAUGAAGGGCUGGAAAACUACACUGUCCCGAGUACCUAAGUGAACACCUCCAACCUUAUUAUGAGUUCACAGAAAGGAUUUUUAAUUAUGAUUAUAACUAUAAAUUUAUAAUUUAGUUUUUUUUUUUAGUUGCUACAGUGCAUAAAUAUAUAUAUAUAUAUAUAUAUAUAUAUAUAUAAAUCAAUUUAUAUAUUUCAAUGUACAUCCAGUUUGUAAUGGAGUCUGGAGAAUGAUACAAUAAUUUCUCAUGUUUUAAAGUAUUUUGUCUCAGAAAGUACAGGAUUAUUACAAAAUGACAAUUUUGUCUGUACGAUAUAUACUAAAUAAUAGGCUAUACCUGGAGAAAAAAAAUGUAUUAUGCAAUUUAUCAGGACCUCUUAUAUACCUAAGAUAUAAAGUAUUUACAAAGAAUAUAAAUAGCCUCGGAAUAUAACUUGACUACAGCGCGGAAAGCAAAAGAUCCGACUAUCUAGUGUAAUCUUUAUGAAGACGGCAUGGUAGCAAUGUACGUAUCUUCAUCCUUGGAGGUAUUAAACGGCAAUGAUUCUUAACCCAGGAGGAAGACGUAUAUUCAUUAUUCUCUUAAUAAGUGUGUGGGCUAAUACUACGUUUCUGAAGAAAAAAAUAUGGCUUGUUCUAGCUUUACUUUGUAGAGUGUACUAAACCCUGUGUAAAGGUAGGAACUUAUCUAAUAAUGCAAUAAAGAAGGCAUGGUAA